AUGAAUAUAGGUUGUUGUCUUGUUGAGUCUGUAGGGGAAGGUGUGGAGGACAUACAGGAAGGUGAUCAAGUUCUUACAAUUUUUAAUGGAGAGUGCGGUGAAUGUAUUUAUUGCAAGUCAAAAACCACCAAUCUAUGUGCAAAGUUCCGAGUUGACCCAUUACAAAGUGUGAUGAGAAAUGAUGGGAAAACAAGAUUCUUGACUCAAGAUGGGAAACCUAUCUACCAUUUCUUAAACACUUCAACUUUCAGUGAGUACACAGUCAUUGACUCAGCUUGUGUCGUAAAGAUUAAUCCGAUAGCUCCCCUCAACAAGAUGACCUUACUCAGUUGCUGUCUCCCUACAGGUUGUGAUCCAUAUGUGCAUAUUUAUUACAACAUAUUUUUGACUUUUGCUAAUGGCAGCCAAACAUUAGGAAUGACGGAUUUUAUAAACCCAAGGGAUGUUAAGACUACGGUACAUGAGAAAAUAAGGGAGAUGACAGAAGGUGGGGUAGACUUCAGCUUCGAGUGUUGUGGAAAUCUUGAUGUACUUCGUGAAGCCUUCUUAUCUACACAUGAUGGAUGGGGGAUGACACUAAUAUUGGGGAUUCAUCCAUCACCAAGAAUGUUGACAUUGCAUCCAAUGGAGUUGUUUGAAGGACGAACAAUCACGGGUUCAGUGUUUGGUGGCUUCAAAAGGAAGACCCAACUCCCUCUUUUCGUUGAGCACUUUAUGCACGCGAUAGAGGGGCCAAAGUUGGAUGAAUUUAUAACACACGAGCUUCCAUUUAACAAAAUCGACCAAGCUUUUGAACUGCUGAUUCAUGGAAAAUCAUUACGAUGUAUGCUUCAACUUUGAGUUAAAAAUAAGUAUCAUAUGUAUGUUGUUAAGAAGUUAAGUCAAAAUCAAGGUUUGGAAUAGUCAACUCACAAGUCAAAGUGUUGGUAGUUUUGGAAGUUUGGAAGUGCAUGGGCUUGCUGGUAUUUUCCCAAAGUUGUUUAGUUUGGUUUACAUCCGAAUAAUGU